AUGUUAGUAGACAGGAAAAGAAGAAUUUGGCCAUCCCUCUCAGGGGGCAGAAGGCCGAAGCAAAGGCAACUCUGUUGCAUUUGCUGGAGUAAGUCAGGUGUCAUUUGUAACAAACCAGCCUGUAGUUCUGACUGUGACCCCACGCUGUUCUGGUAUGCGGCUCUUCCAGCAAAUGCAGUUACAGUUUUUGUGUACUGCAGCUCAGUGACAGUGUUCUUCACUGUAAUAAAGGUGAUCAGUUAUCGUCUGCACCUUAUGUUUGAUAAAGGCGAAGUAAUUCAACAAAAGCUCUCAAGAAAAAAUGGAACACAAUGUAAAGAUGCAGAGGUUCCAAAAGUUCAGCCCUCAAAUCAUAGCAAUAACACUGGGGAUAAUGGUGUAAUUGCAGAGACCAACCAAAAUGGCUCUACCCAAACCAUUCAUGACAGUUCAAGGGAACAGGCUCUGCACUUGCAGAACUCACCUGGAGCAAUGGAGCUGCCAUCACGGGAGACUAUUGAAGAUCUCAGAGGUGUUAUGGUAUUAGAAGAGCAGGCUACACCACCAGUUUCAUCUACCUCACCCUGUAUCAAAACAGAUAUAUUACCUAUUUCUACAGCUUCUGCUUCAGGUGGCACCACAUCAGCAAUAGUGGCAAAACCAGCCACUAUGGAAACACUUUCUGGUAAUGGAAUAAAUGAAAAAGGAGGGACUGGACAGUCAUACGGACAGAAUGGAUCCCAAGAUAUUCUUGUGGACAGAAAUGUAGCUAAAAAUUUCUCCAAUGUUUCUUCAUCACAAGGUGAUAUUUUAAGGACUGGAAUUUCUUCAGAGCCAUGGGACAGUGAAAAUUCAGUUAUUUCAGACCAUUUGAGUAAUCCUAAAAGCUACAAAAGAGAGAAGUUGCCAGAUGGAUCACCACAGACAGGCUUUACCAGUAGCUGCCCACAGUGCAGUGCCAUUGCCACCAAAGAUCCUGAGCACCUGGAAAGUCCUUGCAAUGGUGGUAAUACCCAGGAGGACUUUGACUGCUCAGACAGUGAGACUGCUGUUGCAGUUGUGGACAACUCUGUUCCUGGAGACCAGCUAUGUGAGCCCAUUAAAAUUGUCAUCACAAUGAGUACUACACCAAACACCACCCUCAGUGACCUAGCGAGCUCUGUCCACCUGAAGGCCUUGGGAACUGAGAGAACGAGCUCAGCCCUUGAGUCUGGUAUAGUGACAGCAGAUUGGCCAAGUCAGCAAACUAACGAACAGCUUAGAAUCCCUGUUAUCACUUUUGACCUGUCUGAUGACAAUAAAGGUAAGGCUAGUCCAGAAGUUAGUGAAAACGAAAGGAGUCCAGACAUUUUCAGGGCCGAGUUGUCAUCCAACCAAUGCUCUGGCUAUGAAUCGGGUGAUGCAGCAAAGGAUCACAGCAACCCAGCAAAUACUCCUUUAGAAACUAACACUUGUUCGGAUCCAAAUUGUGAGAAUGCUUCUGAAAAUGUCCAGACCGUGGAUUUAACUUCUAAGGAAGACCUCCAGAACUUAGACCCACAGUCUUGUAGAACUGCUUAUGAAAAGAGGCAUAUGCGAGUGCUGAGUGUAGACAGUGGGACAGAUGUGCUUUUAAGUAAGAAUUUCAUGGAGAUAUCUGACAAAGAAAAGACCUUACCGACUUCUAAAUCAGAUCUGGAAGCUAAAGAAGGGCAGGUACCUAAUGAAUCUAACUUUUUAGAGUUUGUAUCCCUCCUGGAAUCCAUUAAUACUUCAAAGAUGAAGGCAUCAAAUCAACCCACUGUCAAAACAGAGACUACAAAGGAAAAUGGGCUUGUUGGAGGUAUGAUGCAUGGCUUACGACUCUUCUGUAAUGAAGAAGUGACAAGUUACAUUAUAGCAGCUUAUCCUGAGACCUGCAGCAGGACAAAUUCCCAGAGAACUCCUUUUGCUAAUAGCGCCAGGGAAGGACUGGGCUUGGUGGGACAAGAUAGCCAGAUGGUGGAGAGAAAAGAAGAAACGGUGGGAACAGAAAAGCACUGUGAGCAACCUCCUAAACAGGAAAGAUCAGAUGUACAAAGCCAAGAUCGUGCUAGUACUAGUCCGGUGCUACCAGAGUCUGCCAAAUUUGCAGCACUUUACCAGGGCAACAGGCAAAGGCAGAUAAUCUACCGGGUAACUUCUCAGCAAGACAGCUCUGUCUUGCAAGUAAUAAGUGGACCUGAGGCGUCUGUGCAGGAUGAGCUAUCUGUGGAUGCAAUGCACGUGUUCAUAGAUGAAAAUGGUGAGUUUCUAUCCUGUUAUUUAAAGGCUGGCUGUCAGAAGGAAGGAAAUUUUCGACAUCAGCUAUCAAAUUGUGAUUGUAUUUCAAAUGCUCACGAAAUACAGUUCAGCUCCUCUAGUACUACCACUUCAGAGAGCCAAGAACCAUCUUCAGGGGAUCAAGCAGCGAGUGCACUUCAGCAGCAGCUCCUACUGAUGGUGGCACGAAGGACCCUUUCAGAAAACCCACGGCAACCCAGCCAGGACCCUGAGGAUUCUUCAUGCUCUUCAGCACAGCGGAAACUGAACAGGCAGUUUUAUAGAUUUAUUAUAUUCCCUGGCAAAUGGAUUAAAGUCUGGUAUGAUCGGCUUGCCUUGUUGGCACUGUUGGACAGGACAGAAGAUAUAAAGGAGAAUGUAUUUGCUGUCCUUCUAGUAGUUCUUGUUUCACUCCUUGGAUUCCUCACGCUGAAUCAAGGCUUCUGUAAAGACAUUUGGGUUCUGUUGUUCUGUCUGGUGAUGGCCAGCUGCCAGUAUUCACUUCUAAAGAGUGUUCAGCCGGAUCCUGCUUCACCAAUACAUGGGCACAAUAAGAUCAUAAUCUACAGCAGACCUGUAUAUUUUUGCAUAUUGUGUGGCCUUAUUUUGCUGCUAGAUGCUGGAUCUAAAGACACAAAUCCUCCAUUUUACACAAUGUAUGGCUUGAAGCUCUUUUCGCCUAGAUCUCUUCAGUCAGCCAGAGACCAUGUAAUAGUGUUUUUAUAUUGCUUUCCUGCAAUUUCUCUUCUUGGUCUUUUCCCUCAAAUCAACACUUUCUGUAUAUAUCUUUUGGAGCAAAUUGACAUGUUGCUUUUUGGUGGUUCUGCUGCUGCUGGAUUGGUAUCUGCAUUAUAUAGCAUUUCACGAAGCUUUGUGGUUUUAAUUGUCCUGUAUGCUUUCUGCUUCAGUGCAGUGAAGGAGCCCUGGGAUGCACAACACAUUCCAGCACUGUUUUCUGCUUUCUGUGGUCUGCUAGUUGCACUUUCUUAUCACCUCAGCAGACAAAGCAGUGACCCGUCUGUACUGAUGUCCCUUAUUCAAUGCAAAUAUGUCCCUCACUUUCUACGUCAACAAUUUGAAGAUUCAUCAGCAGAUCCACUCCCAGAAAAGAUGAGAGAAUCGGUGAAAGAAAUCUUGAAAUCAGAUCUCAUUGUCUGCACAGCGGCUGCAGUUCUGUCGUUUGCUGUCAGUGCCAGUACCGUGUUUCUAUCAUUACGGCCAUUUCUCAGCAUUGUCCUGUUUGCUUUAGCCUGGACUGUGGGAUUUGUAACACAUUACAUACUUCCUCAGCUUCGCAAGCAUCAUCCCUGGCUGUGGAUCUCCCACCCUAUACUUAAAAGCAAAGAGCACCAGCAACGGGAAGUGAGAGAUGCUGCUCAUUUGAUGUGGUUUGAAAGGCUCUAUGUGUGGCUUCAGUGCUUUGAGAAAUACAUUUUGUAUCCAGCUAUAAUAUUGAAUGCCCUCACCAUUGAUGCUUUCUCAAUUAGUAAAUACAAGAAGCUUGGUACACACUGUGAUAUUAUCCUGAUAACAGUUGCUGGGAUGAAACUCCUCCGCUCCUCAUUCUGUAAUCCUAUUAAUCAAUUUGUUACUUUGAGCUUUACUGUAAUUUUCUUCCGAUUUGACUACAGAGACAUUUCAGAAAAUUUCUUGCUGGAUUUCUUCAUGAUGUCCAUCGUGUUUCAUAAGCUGUGGGACCUACUGCAGAAGUUGCAAUUCAUCAUGACAUACAUUGCUCCCUGGCAGAUUGCCUGGGGAUCAUCAUUCCACGUGUUUGCUCAGCUCUUUGCAAUACCUCAUUCUGCUAUGCUUUUUUUUCAAACUCUGGCCACUUCAGUCUUUUCUACCCCACUGAGUCCAUUUCUUGGUAGUGUCAUCUUUAUUGCAUCAUACGCAAGACCAAUCAAGUUCUGGGAGAAAAACUACAACACCAAAAGAUCGGAUCAUUCCAACACCAGACUGGCAAUUCAGAUCGAGAAGGAUGCAGGAAAUGAUGACAAUAAUCUCAACUCCAUUUUUUAUGAGCAUUUGACAAGAUCUCUGCAGGAGUCUCUUUGUGGAGAUUUGAUUCUCGGCCGCUGGGGAAACUACAACACAGGAGACUGUUUUAUUCUGGCAUCGGAUUAUUUAAACGCCUUUGUGCACUUGAUCGAAAUUGGAAAUGGCCUUGUCACCUUUCAGCUCAGAGGGCUUGAAUUUCGAGGGACAUACUGCCAGCAGAGAGAAGUGGAAGCUAUAACAGAAGGAGAUGAAGACAAUGAAGGCUGCUGCUGUUGUAAACCUGGGCACUUGCCUCACUUGUUAUCAUGUAAUGCAGCCUUUAACCUCCGAUGGCUGACGUGGGAAAUAACGCGAAGCCAGUACAUCCUGGAAGGAUACAGCAUCAUUGAUAACAAUGCUGCAACGAUGCUGCAGGUGUUCGAUCUGAGGAGAAUACUUAUCAGAUACUAUAUAAAGAGUAUAAUUUACUUCACAGCAACUUCUCCCAAAAUCCUUGACUGGAUAAAAGAUGAAUCCAUCCAAAAGAUACUGCAGCCUUACGCAAAGUGGCACUAUAUUGAACGGGACCUUGCAAUGUUUAACAUUAACAUAGAUGAAGAUUAUGUUCCAUGCCUCCAAGGAAUAACAAGAGCUAGUUUCUGCAGUGUUUAUCUGGACUGGAUUCAGUUCUGUGCUAGAAAAAGGGUAGAGGUAAGCUUCGAUGAAGAUUCUCCUUUAGUGACACUUUCCUUUGCCUUGUGCAUACUGGGUCGAAGAGCUUUGGGAACUGCAGCUCACAAUAUGGCCAUCAGCUUGGACUCUUUUCUUUAUGGGCUCCACGCUCUGUUCAAAGGAGACUUUCGGAUAGCAGCAAAAGAUGAGUGGGUCUUUGCAGACAUGGACCUACUGCAUAAGGUUGUUGCCCCAGCCAUCCGAAUGUCUCUGAAGCUACACCAGGACCAGUUCACCUGCCCAGAUGAGUAUGAGGACCCAGCAGUUUUGUAUGAAGCAAUCCAGUCUUUUGAAGAGAAGGUGGUGAUUUGUCAUGAAGGGGACCCAGCCUGGCGCAGUGCUGUGCUCUCCAACAGAGAGGAGCUGCUCACCCUGAGACAUGUGGUAGAUGAAGGAGCAGAUGAAUAUAAAGUUAUCAUGCUCCACAAAAGCUACUUGAGCUUCAAGGUUAUCAAGGUCAACAAGGAGUGUGUCAGAGGGCUUUGGGCUGGGCAGCAGCAGGAGCUGAUUUUCUUACGCAAUCGUAACCCGGAGAGAGGAAGCAUCCAGAACAAUAAACAGGUCUUGCGGAACUUAAUUAAUUCUUCAUGUGAUCAGCCCCUGGGAUAUCCAAUGUAUGUUUCUCCUUUAACCACCUCAUACCUUGGGACACACAGCCAACUGAGGAACAUUUGGGGAGGACCUGUCAGUUUGGACAACAUUAAAAAGUGGUUCAGAUCCAAAUGGUUAAGAAUGCGGAAGGACUGCCAUGCAGCUCACCAUGAGAGGGGAAACGUUGAAGAGGUGGAUAGUGGAGGGGGGUCUUCGUCCAGCAGCAAUUCCGCAGGCAAUUCAAGCCAGAGCAGUAGCUCACAGCCCACCAGAGAUGGAACCCCUCAGUUGCAAGCUUCAUCUCAAGAGGUCCACCAGCGUGCAGGCAGGAGAAAACCCCGGAGUCAGUCCAUCCAGGCACAUCCUGCUUUAAACCAAAGGCCCCCUGCUUCAAGUCACUCUGGACCAAUUGUAGAAAGCCACCAGCCUUUCAUCCAAACAUCUACAUCUGCCCACGAAAUUGCCCAAAGGCUUUCUAGUAGUCAGCUGUCGUUUCAUAACUCAGCAACAUCUGUGUUUUCCCAGUCCCCUGCUGUUCCUGUUGCUGGCCAGCUGACUGUGCAGGACCGGGCUGCAGCAAUGCUCAGGUCCAGUCUGGCCUCUUCCACCAGUUCCACUCUCAGCCUGCUCUUUGGCAAGCGAAGUUUUUCAAGUGCUUUGGUGAUUUCUGGGCUCUCAGCUGCAGAUGGAGGUAACACCAGUGACACCCAGUCAUCCAGCAGCAUGAACAUCGCCAUGGGUCCAUCUGCUAGAGCAGCAAAUCAAGCAACUCGGCAACACACUGAGACCUGUGAAUCAACAGAUGCUCCAGAACCCAAGCUGCAGCAAGAGGCAGGUCCAGCCCCUGCCAUAUUCAUGAGUCAGAACCUGGAGUGCAGAAGAGCCAGCCAAGAAGAUAUGGCUCUGGAAGACACAGCUUCUCAGCAAAGCCUGUCUGAGGAUCAGUAAGGAGCACUUCUAGUGCAAGGGCCGAGCACUUAGAUUUAAAUAAAGACAGAGUUAGGUCAGGGAGCUGCACAUGGGCUUAGGUUUUUUCAGAAGUAACAAGCAACCUCCAAAUGUUUAUUUUUCUAACUUCAACACAGGAAUACUACAGGGCAGAUGUUCCUCAGAUAAAGGCUUUGGCAUGGGUAGGAUUGGAAGAUGUCCUAAACAGCCACACAGUGCCACUUCAUCUCAGGUUCUUGUAAAUCCUAGAACAAGUAAUACAACCUGUUGAACGUUCCUUCCCCUGGAACAGUCGGAAUCACAAAUGAAUACAGUAGGAAA